AUGAAUCCUGUAUCUACAGAUGAACUGAAAACAAAAAUAUUGUCAGUCUACGUACCUUUAGAAUCACUCACUGAACAAGUUAUACGUUCUAUAAUUUCAGUCAUAAGUUCAUCUGAUAACUUAAGUCCAGAUUAUAGUCAACGUACUCUUCUCAUUUUCUUACUUGCAAUAAAUGAAAAAUUAAACGAAAUUGAAAACAAUACAGAUGAAAGGGGAUCAAUAUCCGAUAAAAAUAUCAUUCAACAUGCAAAAAAAGUUCGUCAAUGGCUUGUAUACAAUAAUAAUAAGCCAUUGGACUGGGAUAAACUUCGUACAGCAUAUGAUGAAAUGACAAAGCAACAUCGUAAUGCUUUGGCACAUUAUUGUGGAGUUAAAGAUGCAAAUCCCUACUUUGAAUUAACAAUAAAGACUCACUUCAAUGAUGUAAAACGAUCUCGUGUCUAUAUGAAUAAGUUUCGUCAGGACGGGUUUAAGCCUGAAGAACUGAAACUCUAUUGGAAUACAGAACAGAUUGAAAAUCUCUGUCCAAAAGAUGGAGAACAGACAGAUAUAAAACUUCCACAUGAUUCAUCAGAUAUUGAUGCUAUUGAAAAUCUUCAAAAGUAUCCUGUUUGUAAUCGAAAUCAUCAUGUCAAGAUCGAUUACAUCAACAAAGGAAUUGAAAAAGCUGUCUUUGAUAUACCUGAAAAUGCUCAAAUUAUUGUUCUCAAUUUUGCGAAUGAACAAUCACCAGGAGGUGGCUAUUUAAGACAUGCCCGAGCACAAGAAGAAAUUAUUGUUUAUAAUUCAGAUGGUUAUCGAGCAUUACUAGAUCUCAAAUAUACACGAAUGGGUGGUGGUUAUGCUAUACCUGAAUUUGGAUGUGCCUAUGUCCGUAAUAUGCGCUUUUUUGAUUCAGAAUCAGAGGAACGAUAUCGUUCAGCAGAUAUGUUGGUUUCGGCAUGUUAUUGUUUAAAUGGAUCUGAACUUUAUGAUAACCCAAAGACUCGUGAGCAGUUAAGAAAAAAUACUUUGGCUAAAUUUCAUGCAUUCAUGGCAGCAGCUGUUGCAAAUACAAUAGGUGAUGGUAGUACCACGUAUCUUUUACUUGGACCUAUUGGUACUGGUGCAUUUGGAAAUGAUGUUGAAGAUAUAGCUAAAUGUUUUCGUGAUAUACUCGAAAUGCCAAUGAUGAAUUCAACACGACCUAUUCGUUAUGCUUUUGGUAAUAUUUGUGAACCUGAUAAUGUUGAAAAAUCUUAA